UAGAGGCUGUCUUCUCAAGAAUGUCACUUACACUGUUAUUGGAAUGUCACUUUUGUUGAAUGACAUUCAACGACAUGGUGGCUCCAAGAGAAUGUACUUUUUGUGGAGGCAUCAUACAUACUUGUCUUUAAAUGCUACACCUUUCUACUGCACAUAUUUGAGCAAUGAUCCUCUCCCAGGUCCCGCUCACGGUCAAGAUCCAGGGGAAGGCGUUACACGCUCACGCAGCCGAAGCAACGGCCGCGACCGGCGUUAUAAAUCCCCAUCAUACUCAAAGCGCAGAAGCAGAUCUGGGUCCCCAGCACGUUCCAAGUCCAGAAGUCCAGUGCGCAGGUCGUCCAGAAGUCCAGUGCGCAGGUCGUCCAGAAGUCCAGUGCGCAGGUCGUCCAGAAGUCCAGUGCGCAG